UAAUAUUUUUAAAAUGGAUGAAGAAAAACUGCCACUUUUGGCAGGACCUUCGGGAAGGGCAGUUAGCGUUGUGGAAACGCAAAAUGAAACCAGCAGCUCAGAAUCUUUAUCCGUGAAGCUAAGUAUAAUAAGGAAUCCAUUUUAUGGAACUGACAGUGGACCUAUAGGCAAGCUGGUACCAACUGGAGAAAGGAUAACCUACACAUGGAGCAACAUUAACGUUUUUACAAGCCCUAGGAAGAAUUAUAGAAGAAGGUACAUCUGUUUUGGGGAAAGGGCUGCUUCUACCGAGGAAAGUCAAGGAAAACAUAUUUUAAAGAACGUUUGUGGAAUAGCGCGUCCAGGGGAACUGUUGGCUAUUUUAGGCUCUAGUGGUGCAGGAAAAUCCACCCUACUAAAUGCCUUGACUUUCAGGUCUGUAAAGACUAUCACUGUGACCGGAAUGAAGUAUGUCAAUGGUAAUCCUGCUAUUCCUAAGACUCUGACGAGCAGGUCAGCUUACGUCCAACAGGACGACCUGUUCAUUGGCAACUUGACAGUGAGGGAACAUUUGACCUUCCAGGCACUAGUGAGGAUGGAUCGUAACAUUUCCUAUGACCAGAGAAUGAACAGAGUGAAGGAAGUCAUAUCAGAGUUGGCACUAAAAAAAUGUGAGCACACCACCAUAGGCACCCCAGGUCGUCUCAAAGGAAUCUCGGGAGGAGAAAAGAAGCGUCUCUCCUUCGCUGCAGAAGUUCUCACCAACCCAUCCUUGUUCUUCUGCGAUGAACCUACCUCUGGACUAGACUCCUUCAUGGCCCUUAACAUCGUACAAGUGCUGAAAUCGAUGGCGCAGACUGGGAAAACUGUGGUGUGCACCAUACACCAGCCUAGCUCCGAGUUAUACGCCAUGUUUGAUAAAAUAUUGCUCAUGGCGGAGGGAAGGGUGGCCUUUCUGGGGACGCCAGAUGAGGCUCAGGAGUUUUUUGCGAGUUUAGAAGCGCCAUGUCCCAGAAACUACAACCCGGCGGACUAUUUCAUCCACUUACUAGCCGUAGUACCUGGAAGAGAAGAAUCCUGCAAACAAGCCAUUGCAAUGAUCUGUGACAGUUUCGAGAGAUCUGAUAUAGGCGUGAAAAUGAUCGUUGACUCUGCAUCCAAGACAACUGAACUGAACGACUUAGAAGCCGACAUAUGGUUUAAUGGUCAAAAUGGAAGCAGCCGGUACAAGGCAUCUUGGUUUGCUCAGUUCAGAGCACUUCUUUGGAGAUCCUGGUUAAGUAUCGUAAAGGAACCACUGCUUGUAAAAGUUAGACUACUUCAAACUGUAAUGAUCGCAUUGGUGUUGACAUCUAUUUAUUACGGGCAAGAGUUGGAUCAAGACGGAGUGAUGAAUAUCAACGGCGCGCUGUUCAUUUUUCUAACGAACAUGACUUUCCAGAAUGUUUUUGCUGUGAUUACAGUAUUCUGUUCGGAGCUGCCAGUUUUCUUGAGGGAACACAGGAGCGGUAUGUACCGUACUGAUGUUUAUUUUCUCAGCAAGACAAUAGCCGAAACACCAAUUUUCCUUUUGAUGCCAGUCAUCUUUACUUCCAUCUGCUACUUCUCAAUAGGGUUGAAUCCAGAAUGGAGUAGAUUCCUUAUUGCCUGUGGGAUCAUUACCUUGGUCGCUAAUGUCUCAACUAGUUUUGGUUACAUGAUAUCAUGCGUAUCUGGUAAUGUUUCUAUGGCUCUGUCGGUGGGACCACCACUUAUAAUACCAUUCCUUCUGUUUGGAGGAUUCUUCCUUAAUAUCCAGUCGAUUCCUAUAUAUCUUCAGUGGCUCUCUUACUUCUCUUGGUUCAAAUAUGGCAAUGAAGCUUUGAUGAUCAACCAAUGGGAGAAUGUCACCGACAUAUUGUGUCCAAACGCCAACGCCACCUGUUCCCCCAAUGGUCAUAUUAUUUUGGAGACCUACGCAUUUUCAGAAGAACACUUAUCAAUGGAUAUAAUCUGGUUGUUUUCUCUGAUACUGGGAUUCAGAAUGGCGGCGUUUUUGGCAUUAGUGUGGAAAAGUUAUCAGAAAGAAGUUAGAAGAAGCUAUACUUUGAGAGAUAGAAAAAGAUCCUUCCACCAGUACCAGGAAGAUAGUAUUGCAACUUCAUGUAAGUCCAAAGACUCUUUGGAAGGUUUUGAAAGCUUGUCAGCUGUUCCCGUACCACAUACCACGGGUAUAAGCUCUGCUGCCCAGUGUUUUUCAGCCAAAGCUAGGUUUUUGGUAAAUGAUAUUGAGGGCACCAGCCUGAAUGUUAUCAAAUCUUAUGGAACUGAUGACCUUUCAGCUUCAAAUAGUGAUCACGAUGGUUUCCUUGACUCCUCCAGCUCUUUCAGAAACAGAACAAGAACUUACACUAGAUGGUCUCCCAUGGAGCAAGGAAUAACUCUGGCUUGGAGUGACCUGUCUGUGUCUACCAAAGUCAAGAAAAAUGGGAGAUUAGUCUAUAAACGGAUCAUUAAUGGAGUAUCUGGAGCCGUGAAACCAGGAACACUAUUAGCUUUGAUGGGUGCCAGUGGAGCUGGAAAAAGUACCUUGAUGUCAGCUCUGGCUUACAGGCAAGCAGGUAGUAUGGAAGUAGAAGGAGAUAUAUUAAUAAAUGGAAGACCAAUUGGAAAUUUUAUGAAAUACCUUAGUGGUUACAUGCAUCAAGAAGAUCUGUUUGUUCCUACAUUGUCAGUAAAGGAACAUAUGACCAUCAUGGCAAAUUUGAAGCUUGACCGAAGAAUCUCCAAAGCCAGCAAAAAUAAGAAGAUACACAUAAUUUUAAAACAAUUAGGUUUAUUCCAUUGUGUAGAUACCAUCAUAGGAGGCAUAGGCCAUGGCAAAGCGCUCUCUGGAGGCGAAAAGAAGAGGCUCGCUUUUGCUACAGAGUUGUUGACAGAUCCACCCAUUCUGUUCUGUGAUGAACCGACUACAGGCUUGGAUUCUUAUUCUGCACAGACUUUGGUUGAGAUGAUGAACCAAAUGGCUGGUAAUGGUAACACGAUCCUUUGCACCAUUCAUCAACCAUCCUCAGAUAUAUUCGCCAUGUUCACUCAGUUGAUCUUGGUGGCUGAAGGGAGGAUAGCUUAUAUGGGGUCAUCAACUGGUGCUUUGGAUUUCUUUCAACAAUUGGGAUAUACUUGCCCUGCUUCCUACAGUCCGGCAGAUUUCUUUAUUAAGGUCAUUGCAACCGCUCCUGGGUAUGAAGACAAUAGUAAGCAAGCUAUCAAGAGGAUCUGUUAUCACUUUGCCGUUAGCGAUUACGCUAAAGAAGUAGAUGUGGUAGUGCAGUAUGAGUUUCAUAUGGGACGAGCGGUUAAACAAUUUGAACUAAGGAGAGAUUUCAAAGAAGUGUUUCUGUGGUCAAAAUUAUACUGGCUUGUAUACAGAUGGUUCAUAGAAGUUUGGAGAAAUCCAUCUCUACAAACCGUAAAAUUGCUUCAGAGAAUUGGUGUUUCUCUCGUAAUAGGACUUAGCUAUCUAGGCACCAACCCUUUUACACAAAGUGGUAUCCAGUCAGUGCAAGGCAUCGUCUUCUUGUUAGUCUCGGAGAACACCUUUACCCCUAUGUAUGCAGUACUAAGCGAAUUUCCAGACAACACCGCGAUAUUUUUAAGGGAAUACAAAUCUGGCCUGUAUCAUUCCUCCACGUAUUAUUUGUCCAGGAUAUUGUCUUUGUUGCCUGGAUUUAUAUUGGAACCAUUUUUGUUGACAAUGAUAGCUUACUGGAUGGCAGGAUUAAAAGCUACAACAGAAGCAUUUUUUACUACAAUUUUAAUAACUACCCUAACUGCUAAUGUAGCGUCUGCUUGUGGAAUUAUGUUUUCUAAUGCUUGGGAUUCAGUACCAACAGCCAUGGCAUAUCUGGUACCAUUUGACUAUAUGUUGAUGAUAACAUCAGGGCUAUUUGUAAAAUUAAGCACAUUACCAUUUUUGGUAAACUGGACAAAGUACCUAUCCUUUCUAAUGUAUGCUGUCGAGUCACUGAGUAUUAUACAAUGGAGGGGAGUGUCAAAUAUUACAUGCGAAAAUCAACAGCUUGGCCUGUUAUGCUUAAAAGAAGGUACUGAAGUAUUAGAAAAGUAUAGUUUUUCCGAGGACCAUCUAGUCAGAAAUAUUUGGAUAAUGGUUAUUCUUUUAUUUGGAUUUUAUACCAUUGGAUACCUAUGUCUGUGGUGGAAAACAAAAAAUAAAUGAUAGUGCAUAUAAAGUUUUUUAUUAUUCUUGAUGAAU